GUAGUAACCGUCAAUAUUUAAACAUCAUUAUAUCUCAGUAGACUUUGAAUAUAUAUCCUUGACAGUGUUGUUAAGCGAAACUCAAAACGAUCCCCAUUAGAAAAUCAGUAACUCUUUUUCCUGAAGCAAAUUCAUCGUUGGUCCACUGAGGCAAGGAUAUACCCAAUUAAAUUAAUCAAAAUCGUCGGGAAUGGUGGUUGUUCAAGGAAUGUACGAGAUCACGGAGCUGGUGGCAGGCAGUAUUGGAUGCGUGGGCCUUUACAUGGCCGGUUGCAAUGCUCUGCCCAUGGACCAUAUCUCGGAUCUUCCGGCGGCUCUUUUCGUCCUGUCAACAGUGUUCCUUCUGCAUCAUGUGCGGGUAAUUAAUUGGCCACCAUUGCAGGAACUGUGGCGCCUGCUGCUUGAACUAGUGGUCUUUUAUAUGUCCACCCAGCUCCUUGUGUGGGUUGUAUGGCACCAAUUCCACAACUUUACGGAUAUUUUACGGGAUCUAAUACUCAACACUAGACUGGCAAUGAACAUUCUGGAAAGUUUCCCUAAGAUCUAUAUGUUUUUACGACAGGAUGUCUUUUAUUUAGGAAAGCUCAUCGUAUCUUUGGCAUGCACCUACAAAGCGAUAAAGGUUACUCAUGUACUGGAUUAUGCUAUACCACGGCACCGGGCGUAUAGAUAUUACAAGAAUCAACCUGCAGCUAGACGCCCCACAAAAAAGUCGAAGAAUUUACGUCGCCCCAAAUCUUAGGAGCUAACGGAAGAACUUUUUUAGAAAUCUCAGCAAAAUAUCUAAUUUUUUAUGCUUCAGCUAUAGAGCUAAUUCACAUAAACACAUGUACUACCAAGGUGAACACCGGCCCGAGUGCAAUGCCCAGAAAUCGAAGGCCGAAUUCAAGAGCAGUUCACGCUUUCCAAAGUAUUUGCAUGCUUGAAAGAGCAGAGCCAACACGUAUACCAAAAACACAGAAAUAUUUUUUAAAUUUUGGCGCGUCAUAAAAAAAUCGAUAUGCAUUAGAAUCGAGAUUGUUGAAUCGCAUGUGUUCCAUCUCUAGCAGCAGAGUAGAUGAAGAAGAAGAAAGCACUAGUGUCGGAUACAAACAAUAAAGAAAUUAAACAAUUUUA